UGGUUUUCCGAGCCUCGGUGCCACGUUACGCCGACACCGGGAAGGAGAGGAGGAGGAAGAGAGGUGGUGGUGGGGGGGUAGGCUGGAAAACACACACACAACAGUUUCCCCUGUAAUUUCUGGGAGCAUCGCUCGUUUUUAUUUUCUUAUUUUAAUUUAAAAAACACAGCCCCUGAAGUAGGGCAGCCGAGACCGAUGCAGUUUUGUCCUCCAGUGUGAACCGUCACACGUCCCGCCGCCAGACCGCAGGAGAGAAGAAGCCGGAGGAGAGAGAGAGAGGGGGCAGAAAGAGAGAGAGAAACAGAAAGAAAGAGAAAGAAAGGAACAAGGGGGUCACCGGCUGUUUUUUUACCCCCCCUGUCCGGGCAGCAGAGGCCGAACAGCAACAGCAACAACAAAAGAAAGAAAAUAUGCCGGAGGAGCUGAGACGGUUUCCCUGGGCGCAAACACGAUAAUGGCAGAGAGAUGAGAAGAAAAACUAAAGCCAAGCGCGUCCUCGACCACGAACAUGAAGAGGAAGAGGAACAGGACGAGGAUGACGAGGACCAGCGGGACGAAAUCGACAUAAGAACGGUGCACAGCAAGGUUUUAUGUCACGGGUUGCAGAAGAGAAGGAAACAGAUGUACUCCGCCAAAGAAAAAGCAGACGAAAAUUCACCCGACGCCGGCCUCCAGAAGUUGAAAAUGAGGGCAUUUGAUUUUGAAAAUCCCACCAUGGAGAACUUCACGGACAGCGACUCCACCCCAGAGGACUCUGAUUACCUGCAGUCGCGGUCGAAAUCGGAGCUGAUCGCAAUGGUGUUGUGUAUGCAGAGAGAAAUGGAAAACUUGAAGGAACAAAUACGGUGCCUUACAGCCUGUGGGAAACUGGCGAGGAACUUGGAGGCUCUGAUAGAGAGAACUCAGGUGUGGUCCAGUGCAGCUGAUAAGGAUCCGUCUCCCAGCAUGCCUCAGGUGCAGGUGGAAGGUGAGGCCAUGAUGCCGGCCGUGCUGGCGCCCCCUGCUGUCCUCAAUGGGCAGUGGGUAAAGCAGGACUCCCAGGCGCAGGACGGGCAGCCAGAGCCACACCAGGACUCGCAGAGGAAUGGACUGCCUCUUUUUCCAGAGUUCAUCAGUCUGGAGCUGCUGGACCGCUGCAACACGACCGCCACGGCGCAGAAGCUGACCAACGACCUGCUGCGCGGGCUGUACGAGCGCGAGUGCCUGGCCUCGCACUCCAUCUCCGGCAUCGUCUACAACAAGAGGGGCCAGCCCAAGCCCGCGCUGCCCGCCGACGAGGUCCAGGCCAUACUGAGAACGGUGCAGUAUUUCUUCCCAGGCAAGACCGAUGCCGAAAUCAAGGGCUACAUCCGUCAGAAGCUGCAGAACGAAGCGAAGAGGCUGAGGAGGAAGCCUCACCUUUCGGCCAAGACGGAGGUGCGGGGCGAGUCCUCGCCCGAUGACCCGGCGUACACGUAGGACCCCCGGGCCCGGCCCGACGGGCUCCUGGACGCUGCGCCGCAGACAGCUGCCGCCGCCGCCCCCCUAUCCCCCACCUCCCCCACCCCCCCCCGUCCGCAGAGAGGGAGCCUCCUGUGUGGUGGGACGCAGGCAGAGAACUUCAAACACGGAUGAGCGGAGCGCUUGAAAGACAAACCCCAGCAACGAGGAGGCACGCCGACAGGCUGAAAGCCAAGCGGGAGUUUGAAAGUUUGAUAGGCGGGGGUGGGGGGGGGAGGAGAGAGAGAAACAAAUGUGUGUUUGUGGACCCCCUGGAAGAUUUUUCCCCCCCUCUUUUUUUUUUUUAUGGACUGUCUCAUGCCGACAACUGAAAGAACUUUUCUUCCCCCCUUCCUGUUUGUUUUGGGAAAAUGACGAGACCGUGCUUGCGUUGAUCAGCCAGUUCCUGCUGUGAUUGAAGGCAGGUUAGAGUUGUAGACUUACCCCCUACCCCCCCCAGCGCUGGAUAUUUAGGGGGGCAGACAGGAGUAGCUGUGAUCAAAUUGCUCUUCUGUAUCAGACCCGUUUUAUUUUGUACCGUAUAUAAAGCAAAAGGAUCCGCUUCAGAGGCCUGAUCGUGUAAUAAAAGUUUAAGUAUGUGAUUCUCCUUAAA